GCCCUGGCCCUCAGCUCUUGGACACCUGCCUGGGAGUUGGUUGUCCAGUUUCCUGUGACCUUGGGGUGGGACAGGGCCUCGAGGGACUAGGGGACUGUCCCCCUUCCCAGGGCCUUCUCAGUCGCUCCUCCCUUGUCGCUGACACCCCGCCCCUUACAAGCCUAACCCUCCUGGGCCGGAAUUGUUUGGCUUUUUUCUGCCCCAGUUGAGGGUAAGGGUGCCUUUGGCCUUUGGGAGAAAUGGACCCCAGAAGGGCGGCGCCUGGGGCACUUGGCUGGGGUCCUCGAGUGGCCGCGGGGUCGGGGACGGCCGCAGAGCUCGUGUACCAUCUAGCGGGGGCCCUGGGCGCGGAGCUGCAAGAGCUGGCGAGCCGCUUCGGGCCCGAGGCGACUGCCGGGCUGGUGCCGCUCGUGGUGCGGGCGCUGGAGCUCCUGGAAAAGGCGGCCGUGGGCCCCGCCCCGGACUCACUGCAGGUGUCCGCGCAGCAGGCCGAAGUGGAGCUAAGAAGGCUGAGGGAGGAGAAUGAGCACCUACGCAGGGAGGCGCGCGCUGGGCCGCAGGAGGAGCGCGCGCUGCUGCGGCAGCUCAAGGAGGUGACAGACCGACAGCGGGACGAGCUCCGGGCGCACGGCCGUGACCUGCAGGAACGCAGCCAGGAAAUCGAGGCGUUGCAGGAGCAGCUACAGCGCCUCCUCCUGGUGAAUGCGGAGCUGCACCGAAAGCUCGCCGCCGUGCAGGCCCAGCUGCGGGCUGCGCAGGAACGCGAGAGGGAGCGUGAGCUGCCGCGGGAUGGGGCCCGCGAGCCGGCUGAAGAGCAGAAGCAGGAGCCCCAGCGGGCGCCCCCUAAAGACCUGGUGGAUGCCUCGCGGCAGCCAAGUCCCCCAACGGCAGAGGCAGGGCCGUGUAGCUUCAGCCGGGAGGAGCUGGAACAGAUCCUUCAGGAGCGGAAUGAACUCAAAACCAAGGUGUUCCUGCUCAAGGAAGAGUUGGCCUACUUCCAGCGAGAGCUGCUCACAGACCACAGGGUCCCUGGGCUUCUGCUAGAAGCCAUGAAGAUAACUGUCAGGAAGCAGCGGAAGAAGAUCAAGGCCAAGAUGUUAGGAACAGCAGAGGAAGCAGAGAGCAGUGACGAUGAGGAUGGCUCAUGGGCUCUGCUCUCCAGAGAUAAGGAAGAUGACCCCCCACCUCCUGAAUCCAGAAUCCAGAGUUUCUUUGGCCUGUGGUAUCGGAGUGAAGCAGAGGCCACUCAAGCUAAGACCAGCCGCACCUCUCCCAGUGCACUGGGGGAAUAGGAGGUCCCCCAGCAACCUCACUUGGAGCCUGUUGGCAGCCCUCAAGCCCUGACUCCUGAGUCACCCUGCUCUGCGCUCAGGGAAUAUCCUGGUCUGAGGCCUUAGCUGCCCCAGAGGUGUGACGCUGGGAUCUGGAUGUGGGUGGAUGUGACCUCAAAUGAGGACAGGGCUUGCACCUUUGCAGCCUUCCCAGGGAUUCCGCUCUGGCCCUAGCCUGGUGUGAGGGGGAGUUCAACCUGUCUCCCCUCCCUGACAUGUCCGCACUGAGCCUCAGGGCCACUCUAAAGUUCCUUCCUGAGUUUGUGCCGAUGGUCUGAGGAAAGUAAUAAAACAGCUUCUAGAGCUGAGGAUUUAACUCAGUGGCACUGUGCCUGAGUUUGAUCCCUGGAACCAAAUAAGUAAGUAAAUAAAUAAAAAGCUUCCCCUCAG